CUGUGUAGUGAUAAGAACUUUAUUAAUAAUUUUAGACGACAAUACAAGUUUUUACGUUUUAACUGUAUAUAUAAUAGUAAUAAUAAUGAAUCAUUAACCAAAACAUUCGUUUUUCGUUAUGUGUUGGCAGAUAGUGAUUGAAAAAAAAUAUCAGUCUCGAAGGUCGUGACGUUAAACGUGUUUGCCUGUGGUUAACUAUGUCUGUGGCUCGUCGGAGUAAAAUAUUAUGAUUGUUCUGUUACCGGAAAAUAAAACGGACAUUAUAUCAUUUCAAGAUGGCCAAUUGGACAGCUUUCACUUCCGACAGUUCACCCAAAGUGCCAAAUCGUCCAGCUCCCCCUCCGCCCAAAGUGAACAAGCCUUUAACUCAAUCGAGAUUAGCUAAAGUGCUAUCAUUGAAACAUUCAAAAUCACUCAAUGGUUUUCAACAACCUGUUAAGAAAAAACCUCCUCCUAGACCACCUCCCCCCAAAUUUGCACAAACACCUAAAACUCAAGUUAAAGCAGGUUUGUCUUCUUUAAUUGGAUUUAAAACGAAGCAUGCAACAACCCCGACACCUUCUUGGGCUGCAAAACCCAAUGAAAUGUUUAAGUCUUCAAGUACCUCUCAGGUGGGAUGUCUCAUAGACUUAGAUUCACCUCAAACUUCUCCUACAUCUACUCAUAAAUCUAGUAGCGAUGGAAAUAGUGUUGAUAGCUUCAACAGUGAUUUUGGGCCCUGGAAAGGUUCACAAGCUGAAAGUAGUGGUUUUGAAGAUGAUUUUGAUUUAUUAUGUUCGAAUGCAGAUAUGGAUUAUUUCAAAAACCGCUUUUCAAUUGAAAGUUCAUUGCCACCACCUUCAUUACCUCCACCAAUGUUACCACCAGAUGCCCUUAAUGUAUUAUUAAAUGGUCCUAAAUUACCUCCAAGACCUAAUAAGAUGCAAACUGAACUAUCAAAAUCACAGUCAAAAUGUAUUGCUCAAUUUGAUUACAUGUCUGGCCACGUAGAUGAUCUAGUUUUUAAGAAAGGUGAUGAAAUUUUUAUUACACGAUGUGUCAAUGAUGAAUGGUUAGAAGGUACAUUGAAUGAGCGUACUGGAAUGUUUCCGGUUAGUUAUGUUGAAAUAACUGAACCAUUACCUAAGGAAUCUCUAAACAAUCAAGAAAUCCGCCAAGUAAUAGCUGUGUUUUCAUUUAAACCAGAAUGCUGGGAAGAUCUAAGUAUACAAGAAGGCGAUCAAAUUCAAGUAUUAAGAAGAAUCGAUGAAAAUUGGUUGUACGGGGAGUGUAAUGGAUCUAAAGGUCAGUUUCCAUCAAAUUUUGUCACUGAACUACCUGAUGAUUUAUAACAAGCAUAUUGUGAUAUUAAAAUAAAAUACAUACAUAUAUUAUAUUUACCAAAUUUAUCAAUUUUAAUACCUAUUUUUUUAUUUUAUAUAUUUAGUAAAGUAAUAAUAUGUGAUUGUUAAAAUUAUAUAAAGUAUGAUACUAGAUAUUAAUGAGCAUGUAUGAAAUCAAAAAGAACUUAAACUAAAGUAAAUGAACAAUUUUUAAUGCUCAACCUAUAAAACAAACAGGGUAUUAUUAUUAAUUACUUAUUCAUUAACUUUGCCUAAUUUGUUAUACCAAUAUUUUUUUUUAUAUUAUGGUAUUCAUAUUCAUAUUUUGAUUCAAAUGUUAAUUGUAAUUAUAUUGAUAUUUAGGCUGUAUAAUUUUGUCCAUAAUAUACUUUAAUGCCAUUAUUAGUUGUACUAUACACAUUAUUUUUUUAUAUAUAUUUAUUAUUAUAUUAUCUUCUUUGAGAGUUAUGUUUUACAGUUUUUAUUAACUUAUUCAUUUUAAAUUUAAAUAAACACUUGUAUUAAAUGUUA